AUGGUAUCUAAUAUAAUGUCAUCUACAUCGUAUCUUAAAUAUUUAAAUGAUUAUAUAAAUUUAAAUUUAAAUGGCACUGAUGGAUAUUUAAUUGAAAAUUUAAAUCAAUCUUAUUUUGAUGAAAUAGAAAGUCAUGCACGUUUUAUUCUUGCUGAAUGGUAUAGUGAACAAAUAAUUGAUGAACAAUCAUCAUUAUAUAUUAAAAAUGUUAGUCAUCUUAAUCGUAAAAUAGCAUUAUUAAGAUUUAAAUAUUCUUUUAAUGAAUAUCAAUUGGAACGUAUUGAAAAUCUUCUUUUUAAUUCUGAAACUAUUCAAUUACUAACAUCCAUAAUUCAAUCAAUAAUUGAAACAAAUCUACGACAUCAAGAUAAAUUUCUUUCUUAUAUAUCAAUAUUACUUAAUGUUUAUUCAAUAAUGAAAUAUUCAAAACCAGUUUUUGACAAAAUAACUAAACAGGCAAUGCAAUCAAAAUAUUACAAACAAUAUUUAACUGAAUUAUUGUCAACAAAUAUUCAACCAAUACAUUCAUUUUUUAUUGGUACUAUUGGUCAACUUGCUUUACCUAUACAUGAUUCAACGUGUAAUGAAGUUUAUUCACAAAUUUUUAAAAAAUUUUAUAAUGAAAAAAAUUUAUCUGAUAAUAAUGAUUUACAUUAUUGUACAUUAGGUAUACUUGCUCAAAUAGAUAUUUCAUAUUUAAUAAAUGAUUAUUUAUGUAUAUCAAUAUUACUAUCAAUAUUUAUAAAUGCAUCAUCAAAAUUUGCAAAAGAAAAAACAAAAAUUUUUCUUUUACCUAUUUUAAAUAUAUUUAAUUCACUUUGUAUACAAUCAAAAACUACAGCUUGUUAUUUAAAUAGUGAUCAAUUAAUUGAUACACUUCUUCAAUAUGUAACAAAUCAAAACUAUUAUCAAUUAAAUAUUAAUUCUUGUCUUUUACUUGGACAUAUUGUUAGUGAAAAACAAUUAAUUCGACUUCGAAUUAGUUAUAAAUUAACGAUGAAAUUUAUGAAUUUAUUAUAUUAUUAUAAAGAUGAAAUAAAAGAUAUACUACAUAGUUUGUUAUCAUUAACGAUUCAUGAACAAAUACAACACGUUAUUGCCGAGACUUAUCAAUUACGAAAUUUUAUUGAAUUAAGUGAACACUAUCCGAUUAUUUAUGAUAUUAUUUGGAAACUUUCAUUUCAUUCGGACAUUUUAGAACAAUUAAUUAAACAAAAUGAUGAUUUUCUUAAAAGAUUAUCAUCAUUAACAAGCAUGCCAGCUGCACUUGGUAUUUUACAAAAUGUUCAAAUGAAAAAUUUACCUCGUCUACCAUCAAGAGAUGGAGUAUCAUUUGAUAUUGCUAUUAUUUCAUCUGCUAAAGAUCGUCUUGUUGUCCAACAAAUCGAAGAAAAUCUUGAAAAACUGGGUUUUCGUAUUGGUACAGCACGUAAUUCAUUCAAUAUUCUUUUGUGUAUAAGUGAAGAAACAAAGCAUGAUUGUGCAUGUCAAGCAGCUAUUCGACAAGCUUUACUUGAUUGUAAAAAAAUUAUUCUAUGCACUGUACAAACAUCAUAUCGUAUCGAUGAUUGGUUUCGUAUAGUUAAUGUUGAAGAGAAAAAACUUUUCAAUAUAGUUGAAUCCAACGUUGAAAAAAUGGCAUCUGAAAUUCAGACACAUCUUCAUGAUAAUCAUAAUUUACCAGUUAUUGUCAAACAGACUCGAAUAGUUACACCUCAUAAUCGAACUUCUCAUACUACUUUUACAUCAUCUUCUCCACCACCACCAACAUCACAAUCACAAUUACCUACAGUAUCAUCAAAUGUUCCAAUAAAAAAAAUUCAAAAUUGGACAGGUCAUGAAGUACUUGAAUGGUGUGCAAAACAUAAUUUGAAUGCUUUUACUAAAAUAUUAACACUUUAUGAUGGUCGUAGUUUACUUGCACUUGCUCAUGUAUCACGAAUGAGUGCACCACAUACAAUUAUAAAUCAAUUACGAAAUGAUUGUCGUAAACAUGGUCUUAAUUUAUCAUUUGUUGAAUUUGUACGUUUUCAAGCAGCACUUGAUGAGCUACUUCACCUAGAAAAAAGUUUGACAAAAAAACAAUCAGUAUCAACAUCUGCUACACGUAAUGUUUUCAAACGAAAACCAACAAAGAAAGUUUAA